AUGGGCUGCCCAGCUGGGCUGCAGAGCAGCUGCCCAGAGGCCAAACUGUCAUCAACCACCUCAGAUGAUGCACUGCAAGAGCACCCCAAAGAUCUCUGGCUGCACAACACGAUGUCAGGCAGGAAGGAGCUUUUUCAGCCACGGCCAGGCCAGGGCAACAAAGUCAGCAUGUACUGCUGCGGUGUCACUGUGUAUGAUUACAGUCAUGUCGGUCAUGCUCGCGUCUACUGCGCAUUUGAUGUGCUCUUCCGGUACCUCCGACACCUUGGCUAUGAGGUCGAUUACGUCCGAAACUUCACUGACAUCGAUGAUAAAAUCAUCAAGAGAGCUUCAGAAACAGGAGAGGAUCCUUUGCAGCUGAGCCAGAGGUUCAUACACGAAUUUCACACGGACAUGGACGCCUUGAAUUGCCUAGCGCCCACCAGCGAGCCAAAGGCGACCGACUUCAUCUCUCAGAUGGUGGACAUGAUUGGGCGCAUUGUCAAAGCCGGGCAUGGCUAUGAGGCUGAUGGGAGCGUGUGGUUUUCCGUCGAAAGUGUGCCUGGCUAUGGCCGCCUAUCGGGGCGCUCUUUGGAUGACAAUCGAGCGGGAGAGCGCGUCGCUGUAAAUACGACAAAGCGGAAUCCAGCAGACUUUGUCCUGUGGAAAGCAGCGAAAGUGGGAGAGCCGAAAUGGGACAGCCCCUGGGGGCCAGGCCGCCCAGGGUGGCACAUCGAAUGCAGCGCCAUGAUACGUGAACUCAUGGGGCCCAUCAUCGACAUCCACGGGGGCGGCAGGGACCUCAUUCAUCCACACCAUGACAAUGAGCUGGUCCAGUCACAGGCUGCUGCCUGCGAAUGUGAUAGAGAGAACAUGCUUGACCAUCGCGACUUCGUGCGGUGGUGGAUGCACCUCGGCUUCGUCAAUGUGGACAGCGAGAAAAUGUCCAAGUCAUUGGGAAAUUUCUUUACAAUCCGGGAUGUCCUGCAAAUGUACCAUCCAAUGGCGCUGCGAUGGUUUCUGAUCAAUACACAGUACCGCCAAGCCAUAAACUACACAGAACGCAGCCUUCAGGAGGCAUCGGACCGGCUCUAUUACAUCUACCAGACCCUGCAGGAUGCAGAAGCUGCCCUGACAGCAGCUGCUGCAGCUGGGGAACAGGUGUCUGUGGCAACAGAACAGCACAGUAACGGCACAAAGCUACUCAAGUCAGUGGAAGCCAGUCUAUGCGAUGAUUUGAACACACCACAGGCAUUUGCAGCCCUGUCAGAGCCACUCAAAACAAUGAAUGACCUUCUCCAUACCAAGAAGGGGAAGAAGGCUGGAGGCAGACUGCAGACAAUAGCAACUUUACAACAGGCCCUGAACUCCGUGUUGGAGCUUUUGGGACUUGGCGCUGGAGAUAUUGGAGCUGUCUUGGUGGAAAUGCGCCAGCGGGCGCUCCACAGGGCUGGGUUGAAGGAGCAGGAUGUCGAGUUGAGUAUAGAGAGGCGAGCAGUCGCCAGGGCGGCAAAGGACUAUGCAUCAGCAGACAAGGAACGAGCUUUCCUUGCUGAGCGGGGGAUCAUGAUCAUGGAUGGAUCUGAAGGCACGCUGUGGCGGCCGGGCAUCCCAGACUCUCAAAGUAAUUAA